UUGUUGUUUUUUAGCGUGAGAAACACGAGAACUGGAAAGAAAUACAGGGUUUUUCAGACAAGCCUAUUUUUGUAAGUUUGCCAGGUGACUGCGCUCUUGUUUCAAUGCAGGUGGGGCUGUAGGUCAGAGGUGUGUGUGUUCGUGCGUGUGUCAAUAAAUCCACACCCAUUUUAAACCAGAAACAUCCAGAAUAUACUUCCAGCAAGAGCACUGGCUAGUUCAGCUUCUUCUGAAGGCUUCUCAAGAACACACGAUGUCACACUCAGCUUUGUUCCUCUGCCUCAUACUGGUCACGGUUUCUUCCAACCUUGCCAUUGCAAUCAAAAAAGAAAAGAGGCUUCCUCAGACACUUUCAAGAGGAUGGGGAGAUGACAUCACUUGGGUACAGACUUAUGAAGAAGGUCUCUUUCAUACUCGAAAAAGUAACAAGCCAUUGAUGGUUAUUCAUCACUUGGAGGAGUGUCAAUACUGCCAAGCACUGAAAAAAGUGUUUGCCCAAAAUAAAGAAAUACAAGAAAUGGCUCAGAAUAAUUUCAUCAUGCUGAAUCUCGUGCAUGAGACCACAGACAAAAAUUUAUCACCUGAUGGACAAUAUGUGCCUAGAAUCAUGUUCGUGGAUCCUUCUUUAACAGUCAGAGCUGAUCUAAUUGGAAUAUACUCUAAUAGACUGUACACAUAUGAACCUCAGGAUUUACCAAAAUUGAUAGAAAACAUGAAGAAAGCACUAAAACUCAUUCAAUCAGAGUUAUAAGGAAUUUUCUUGAAGAGGUCAAAUGUCAUGAAGAUGAACUUCUGGUUAACUAAUACUAAAUGUGCAAGUAUAUGGAUUCUGUAACAUUAUUAUUUAGAUUUUUAAUGUGUUUGCAAUAUUCUU